UUCCACGAAAAACGUUUAUUAUAACUACUAUUUCCUCUGUGCAGUACACUUAACAAAAAAAUUAUUGUCAAACUGAUAUCGACUUUGACUUGAAUUACGUUUGAAACUACUUUUUGUCUUAUGUACCAGUCAUAGCUUAUUAACAUGAUUUUGGUAAUUGGCCUAAGACAGAUAUUACUUUUUAUAUGAGGCAAAACCAUUAAAGCCUGGUAGCCUCAAUAACUUUACUCUCCGAAUAAAUUGCAUGCUGAGGCUCAGUUGUACAAUGUUAGCUUACAUUUCAGAUUAUAUAGUAACAGUAUUUGAUUAGCUAAUAUUUCAAAAAUUGAUCAAUCGUGUUUCUCAAAUCUGUUAGUUAAACUAAACUGACGUUAUAAAUGAGAAAUUUAUUGUUACAAUCUUGCAAUACAGAUGUCAUACAUCCACGGACCUAUUUUUUUUUUUAAAGAUCCGUGCAUACAUCCUACUUGUAUUACCCUGUAUAUAAAGUCAAAAUGUUAUUUUAAUUUGUCACUAGCAUACGUUGAUUCUCCUGUGACUUUUUGUGGUUUAUUACAGCCAACUUCAUGCAAUUGUAAAUGCCCGCUAAAAUUUUUCUUAAGCACUAUUUGUUAAACGACGUUUUUCGAUUAAUAAUUUAGAAAGAUGUCGAAACGUUCGAGUCUAGGGCAGUCGAACACCCUUUUUAACUAUUUCCAGUCUCCUGGCAAUAAAUCAUCUGCUAAAAAACAGAAUGGAAACUCUACAAAGGAGUCUAACCUAAUGGGUUCUGGUAGUGACAACGAAGAUGAUACGCCGGUUCUGGCGAGGAAAAGAAAUCGUACCGCUCUUUUCGAUAGCGAUUCCGACACAGAAACUUCGGUUCCCGAAGUAAAGACAAAGAAGAAGCCUAAAAUUGCAAAGGAGGAAGGCAGUCUUCAGUUGUUCACGUUUGAAAAGUCAAACAGGUCGCUGUCGCGAGAUGACAAUGUCAACAGUCUCGCAUCGGACACGCAGUGGUUUCACGAACGUCUCGAAUUUUUGAAACCGGACAAAAUACGUGACAUCAACGGUAAUCGGUCCGAUCAUCCUGAUUACGAUGAGAAAACCCUUUACGUGCCCCAAGAGUUCCUUAAUAAACAAACGCCGGCAAUGCGUCAAUGGUGGAUUUUAAAAAGUAAACAUUAUGAUACCGUUCUAUUUUUUAAAAUCGGCAAAUUCUAUGAGUUCUAUCACAUGGAUGCAGUGAUCGGCGUUAAUUAUCUCAACUUCUCUUUCGUCAAGGGUGGCGAGUUUGCACAUUCCGGUUUUCCUGAGGUGGCCUACGGACGUAUGGCGAGCACGCUGAUCGAGCAAGGUUUUAAGGUGGCAAGAGUCGAGCAGACUGAAACACCGGAGAUGAUGAAUGAUCGGUGCAGAGGGCACAAGGUGACGAAAUACGAUCGGGUUGUUCGGCGUGAAAUUUGUGAAAUAACCACCCAGGCGACGUGUUUGUACGGGGCACAGAUGACUGAUGCGAAGCAGUCGCUGUCCUGCUACCUCUUGGCGAUUGCGGAGAAGCCGAUAAACGGAGGGAGUGCCUUCGGCGUUUGCUUUGUCGACACAUCAGUGGGGGACAUUUUCUUAGGACAAUUUGAAGACGACAAACAUUGCUCACGUCUCUUAAGAAUAUUCGCACAGUAUCGGCCUGCUUUGAUAUUACUCGAACGCCGUGGUUUUCAAUGGUCAACACUCGAAGUAUUGAAAAAAACCAUCAGCAGUGUCAAACGAGACGUACUAACCUCAGGCACACAGUUUCUCUCUCCAGAAAAGACCAUAGAUCUCUUGAUGAAGGAAUGCUAUUUUCGUGACAAAAACAAUGACUUCGAAUGGCCGACGGUUCUCGCCGAAUUCGUCGACGGACAUCUACCGAAGCUGGGUUGCGAGCUGGCUCUUAAAGCGUUAGGGGCCUGCGUGUGGUAUUUGAAAGACUCGGAGUUAGAUAUUAAAGUUUUAUCUAUGAAGAAGUUCCAUAUUUAUAAACCGGCCGAUCAAACAAGCGAUAAGGCACUUGAUCGGCAAGCCUUUAUGAUUUUGGACUUUAUAACAAUCGAAAAUCUGAACUUGUUAGGUGAGAAAGGCACGCUGCAGAAGACUCUGGAUUAUUGUGAAACUAGCUUUGGGAAAAGACUUCUGCAGCAGUGGAUUUGUCGUCCGUUAUGUCAAGAACACAAAAUACAAGAACGACAAAACGCGAUCCACCAGUUGUGCGAAAAUGACGAAGUUCGCCAGGCAGUACGCGCCAUCUUCAGAAAGCUUCCCGAUUUGGAACGUCUCGUUUCUAAAAUUCAUACAUUCGGAAACCGAUUCUUAACUAAUCACCCCGAUAGCCGCGCCAUCUUGUACGAAAACAAUACUUAUUCAAAGCGCAAAAUUUUGGAUUUAAUCAACACCAUACAAGGUUUUGAGAAAGCCCAGGAGAUUAUGGGUCUCUUCGAAGGAUGCACGCAGCCGCUAAUCAAGAAGUUAACGCACCAUCCGCCCGAAGGCAAGCUUGUGGAUGUAACUGGCCUGCUGCAGUAUUUCAGGGAAGCGUUCGAUCAAAACGUCGCGGUAAAUCAAGGUAAAAUUAUUCCCCAAAAAGGCAUAGAGGAGGAUUACGACGGGGUCGAACAAGAAAUUGCCGACAUAUCGAGUCGGUCGUCUGAUUAUCUGGAGGACCUCAAACAAAUGUUCCGUUGCGAGGUAUCCUACGUGGGUAAAGAUAACAAACGUUUUCAAAUUGAAAUACCAGAAAACAGGACGCAUAAGGUCACCAAUGAAUUUCAAUUGGAAGGCGCGCGGAAAGGCUUCAAACGUUAUUCUACUGCAACUUCUAAGGGCAUCUUAGUCGAUAUGAUACGUGCCGAAACUAAAAGGAACAAAAUCGUACAAGACUUAAACAGGCGAAUUUUCGAGAAAUUCAGCGACAGCCGUGUUAAAUGGGAACAGGUCAUCCAUUGCCUGAUGAUGCUCGACGUUCUAUGUGGCCUCGCCGAGUAUGGCAAAAACGUUUCGAGAACGACAUGUUUCCCCAACGUCUUACCGUUCCAAGAGCGAGGUUUCAUUGACAUUAAGGACGGCGUCCAUCCGAACAUUCAACUGGAGGAUUUUGUUCCAAACAGCACUCAAUUGGGCAUCGAGGGUAAGGCGAAAAUUAUGCUUCUAACCGGUCCGAAUAUGGGUGGCAAAUCCACGCUGAUGCGGCAGGUCGCUUUAAUAAUUAUAAUGGCGCAAAUGGGCUGUCCCAUUCCGGCAGCGAGUUGCACUUUCACACUGGUGGAUCGCAUUUUCACACGUUUUGGCGCAUAUGACGAUAUCUUAAAAGGACAGUCGACAUUUUUCGUUGAAUUAUCAGAGGCGUCCUCAAUAUUGCGACACGCGACACGCAAUUCUGUGCUCUUCCUUGACGAACUCGGGCGCGGAACGUCGACGCACGAUGGAAACGCCAUCGCGACGGCAUACGUGAAAAAACUGAUCGGCAUGGAAUGUCGCACGAUAUUUUCGACGCACUACCACUCGCUCGUCGACUUUUACAGUGGUUACGAAAACAUUCAACUGGGACACAUGGCCUGCAUGACCGAGGAGCAGGAGGAGGAUGACCCAAUGAUGUCCGUUACCUUACUCUACCAACUAAAGGAGGGAAAUUGUCCAAAAUCGUACGGAUUCAACGCAGCGAAGUUGGCGGGAUUACCUAAGGAAAUAAUCGCCUCCGCGCACAAAAUCGCAACCGAGCUGGAAACUGUGACGAAACAAAAGAAAAUGCUGCGAGCUCUGCUGCUUUCUCGCAAUGCAGAUUUCGUACGAAAAACUUUACGAGCGGUAUUUUAAUCAGUGUUACCUCCUUUUCUUGAUUUACAGUAUUACAUUACGUUGUUCGUACUUUGUUUACAUUUAUUAGAGAAUUUGAAACACA